GAAGAGUACCAACACUACUAGCAGCUACAGCCAUGGGUCAGCUCAAGGGCCAAACAAAUUUCAACCCAGAGAGGGAUAUCCCAUCCCUCGAAGGAAAAGUCAUCUUCAUUACAGGAGGAACUGCUGGACUUGGGGCUGAGUCCGUGAAAGCACUGGCCAAGCACUCACCGCGGCACAUAUAUUUCACUGGUCGUAACUCCUCGGCAGCUGACGCCCUUGUCAGAAACAUCAAAGCAGCGCAACCUUCGGCUUCUCUGUCGUUCUUACAAAUGGACAUGACCUCUCUGAGCUCCGUAAGAACCGCUAUUGAUCAGGGGUUCACUCAUGACAGACUUGACAUCAUGAUGUGUAAUGCUGGCGUUAUGGCAAAGCCGCCUGAGCUUACCAAGGAUGGCUUCGAAGUGCAGUUCGGCAUCAACCAUCUCGCACACGCAUUGAUGAUUCGUCAGCUCACUCCUGUCCUUUUGAAGACAGCGGAGGACCCAAACUCGGAUGUGAGACUGGUUUGUCUGACCAGUACCGGAUGGAGGGGCCAUCCGAAGCAGGGAGUUGACUUUGAUCGAGUCCGUACGACACAAGAGUCGACUGGAGGCUCAUGGAUUCGAUAUGGACAAUCAAAGCUUGCCAAUGUCGUCUACGCAGCUGAGUUCGCCAGGCGCAACCCUUCUAUUCUCGCUGUCUCAGUACACCCUGGUGUCGUGGUAACUGAUCUUGUCAAUGACUUAAACCGAGUCAAGAAGACUUUUGUGUAUGCCACGAGCUGGGUGCAGGGUAUCAACCUUUUGCAACCUGAACAAGGGGCGCUCAACCAGCUCUGGGCAGCUGCAGGAGCGACGAGAAGCGAGGUGGUCAAUGGCGCAUUCUACAUGCCUGUCGGUGUAGAGUCUAACAGUAUGCUCGACAACGUAGCUACCAGUCAGGAUUUUGCAAAGAGGCUGUGGCAAUGGACUGAAGAGGCUUUGGCGGAUUACUGAGCCGAGCCUUGGGCUUGAGCCAGCGCAUGAACUGAUGAGACCGAUCAAUUUAUUCUGCAAAAUCAAUCAGAUUUCAGCCUUUCU